AUGAGCAACGAAAUGUGCAUGAGGCAUGUGCUCAAGGCGGUGACCAAAACCCGCCCGAUCGUCUUUCGACCGCGGGACAUGAUCGCGGCUGAAAGCCAAGCGCGAGUGCAUGAAGGUGCUCAAGAAGCUUGGGGCUGCGGGCGCGAAGAAGGCCAUCGCGUCGUCGUCGACGGCGAUUGCCCCGAGGAUUGCGCGCUUCUUGGCACCGACCACUUCGCGGCCUUCCUCGAGCCGUGUCAUGGCAACCCGCUCGCGCGCAUGUGCUCGUCCAAGAGCCAGAGCCACGAGGCGAUCACGAGCUCCGCGCUCCUGCACACAUAG